GAUAGGCUGAUAUUGGUAUCCCUCCACUGCAUGGCUGAAGGUGAAGCGGGUCCAAGUCAAGUGUGUCAGCCUUUCCUGUGUCCUAGUCCAAAAUGUCAUCCAGUGGACUUUUAACCCUGCGCGCUCAAAUGUGUAAACGCCUGGCUCACAAGUACCUCUCAAGAACCUACGCAUCUCGACCUGCACUCAAUGAAGUUGUUAUUGUCAGUGCGGUCCGCACUCCAAUGGGCUCCUUCAGAAGCAGCCUGGCAGCAAUACCAGCCACCAAACUGGGCUCCAUUGCCAUUAAGGGAGCUAUAGACAAAGCAGGAAUCGCUCCUGAGGAGGUGAAGGAAGUCUACAUGGGCAACGUGCUUCAGGCGGGAGAAGGACAGGCCCCCACCAGACAAGCCUUGCUUGGAGCAGGCUUGACCCUCGGCACUCCAGCAACAACCAUCAACAAAGUGUGUGCCUCCGGGAUGAAGUCCAUCAUGAUGGCAGCUCAGAGUCUAAUGUGUGGACACCAGGAUGUGAUGGUGGCAGGAGGCAUGGAGAGCAUGUCCAACGUUCCCUACGUGAUGACCAGAGACGCCCCGGCCUACGGAGGAAUGAGGGUGGAGGACCUGAUCGUCAAGGAUGGACUCACUGACGUCUACAACAAAUUCCACAUGGGCAAUUGCGCAGAAAACACGGCCAAGAACAGCAACAUCAGCAGAGAGGAGCAGGACGCCUAUGCCAUCGGCUCGUACACCCGCAGCAAGGCAGCGUAUGAGUCUGGAGUGCUGGCCAAGGAGAUCGUUCCUGUCAGCAUUCCCCAGAGAGGGAAACCGGAUGUGGUCGUGUCAGAGGAUGAGGAGUGGAGGAGGGUCGACUUCAGCAAAGUUCCCAAACUCAGGGCAGUGUUCCAGAAAGAGAACGGCACGGUGACAGCAGCCAACGCUAGCACACUGAAUGAUGGAGCAGCAGCUCUCGUCUUAAUGACAGCAGAUGCUGCAAAGAGACUCAAUGUCACUCCACUGGCCAGGAUCGUCUCUUUUGCUGAUGCUGCCGUGGCGCCCAUUGAUUUCCCCAUCGCUCCUGCAUUUGCAGCACCAAAGGCCCUGGAUGCAGCAGGGCUGACGAAGGAGGACAUCACCAUGUGGGAGAUCAACGAGGCCUUCAGCGUGGUCGCGCUGGCCAACAUCAAGAUGCUGGACAUCGACCCUGCAAAGGUCAACGUUAACGGAGGCGCUGUCUCACUGGGACACCCCAUUGGGAUGUCUGGGGCGAGAAUUGUGGGUCACAUGGUGCACAACCUGCAGUCAGGCCAGUACGGGCUGGCAGGCAUCUGCAACGGAGGAGGCGGAGCUUCAACGAUUAUCAUCCAGAAACUGUAGAGAGGUCUCUUCCUGAUACACUCUUUGUUAAAACUCCAAAUGGUUCGGGCAUCUGUUAACUCCCUUUACUGUGAACAGUGCUUCUGCUACCACUUUAAACCAGCGACCUUACUCACUGAGCAGUGUAGGGCUCGACUCAUGACAUCAUGACUCCAGUGUUAGAAACACUCCUUUGUUUGAUGAUACAUAUUGUGCAAAACUGAUUAAUAUUUAACUCUGGAUCAAAAAAGAAGAAUAAAUAGUUUGUAUGAAA